GAAAAAGGGCAACCGCUGUCAUUCCGAACACGCCGUGUCGUGGAGGCUUUUGUACCCGGAGAAAGGAGCUGUCUAACUAACGCCACAAUGUUCAAGAUUGAGGGACUCGGACCUAAAAUGGAUCCGGAGGAGAUGAAGAGGAAGAUGAGGGAGGAUGUUAUUUCUUCUGUGCGGAAUUUCCUCAUUUAUGUGGCUCUCCUUAGAAUCACUCCAUAUGUUCUAAAGAAGCUGGACAGCAUAUGACUGGGCACAGUCUCCCCUCCUCCUAGCAAGCCCCCAUCUACAGACUGGAGUUCAGAGAACAUGGCAGAGGCAGCACGAUUUCCGCAGACCAGGGGACACGCUGACAGAUGGAACCGUUUCAUCUAACGGUGCUGCAGCCGAGGAUGCCGUUCUUGCUCUCCAGAACAUCUGAGAAACUUAUGUGUACAUGGCUCUGACUUAGCUUUAAAUAAAUGCUAAUUGUUGAAUGUU